UGCGCCGGCCGCCACCGUCGCCGCCACCGCCGCCUCCUCGCUCCCGGAGGAGCCGCGGCCCGAGAGGUCGGAGGAGAGGCAGGAGGAGGCGACAGGAGGUGCCUCGGGUGGAGGAUGGAGCCCCGGGCAGCCGCGGCUGGCGAGCCCGAGCCCGCCGCGUCCCCCUCCUUCCAGGCCCGGCUCUGGAGGAACCUGCAGCUGGGGGUGGGCAAGGGCAAGGGCGGCGGGGGCGGGCGCACCGGGGGCCACGAGCGCCGCACUGCGGCCACCCCGACCCCAUCCCCGCCGCCCACGAGGGCCACGAAGGACGCCGUGGCCGGUGUGGGCAGUACCGGCAGCAGGUGGAGCGGCUUCAAGAAGCGGAAGCAAGUGCUCGACCGGGUGUUCUCGUCCUCGCAGCCCAACCUGUGCUGCUCCUCGCCGGAGCCCCUGGAGCCGGGCGGGGCUGCUGGCAGAGCCGAGCAGGGGUCCACGCUGCGCCGCCGCAUACGCGAACAUCUGCUGCCGGUGGCUAAGGGGCCCGCGACGGCCGCGGGGACAGCCGGAGCGACGCCUCCUGGCGGACGCUCUCCGGACUCAGCUCCUUCGUCUUCCGCCUCGUCCUCGCUGUCCUCAUCUCCCCAACCGCCCCCGAGGGGAGACCGCGUCCGAGAUGAAGGCGCACGGCGCGGGGGCUCUGGAGUGCACCUGUGCCACCAAAAGAGCUCCUCUCUUCCUGGCACCGCGUGCCUGGAGCAGCUGCUGGAACCGGCGCCACCGCCCGUAGAACCCGCACGGGGUCCCGCCGAGCCCCAAGAUCUGCUGAAGGGUGAAGAGCGCGGCUGCGGCCAGAAAAUAAAUACAGUUGGAACCAGUAAUGCCGAUAUCCCUUUGGCUGGUCCCGGAAUGUACCAGUUGGACAUCACGCUAAGAAGGGGUCAAAGUUUAGCUGCCCGGGAUCGAGGAGGGACAAGUGAUCCAUAUGUGAAGUUUAAAAUUGGAAGAAAAGAAGUCUUCAGAAGUAAAAUUAUACAUAAGAACCUGAAUCCUGUGUGGGAGGAGAGGACUUGCAUUCUUGUUGAGCAUCUUAGAGAGCCACUGUAUGUCAAGGUAUUUGACUAUGAUUUUGGACUGCAAGAUGACUUUAUGGGCUCAGCCUUCCUCGAUCUCACACAAUUGGAGUUAAACAGGUCCACGGAUGUGUCCUUAACUCUGAAAGAUCCCCAUUACCCUGACCAUGACCUUGGAAUCAUUUUGCUGUCAGUCAUCCUUACGCCUAAGGAAGGCGAACCCAGGGAUGUGACAGUGCUAAUGAGGAAGAGUUGGAAAAGAUCCAGUAAGGAACUCUCAGAAAAUGAAGUGUUUGGAUCUCACUUCUCUGUGCGGUCUUUCUUUUGGAGGUUUCAGACCCAAAGCUUACGCCUGUCAGACCAGCACAGGAAAUCACAUCUGUGGAGAGGAAUUGUCAGCAUCACCCUGAUUGAGGGCCGAGACCUCAAAGCAAUGGAUUCCAAUGGGUUGAGUGAUCCCUAUGUGAAGUUCCGGCUGGGGCAUCAGAAGUACAAGAGCAAGAUUAUGCCCAAAACUUUGAAUCCUCAGUGGAGGGAGCAGUUCGACUUCCAUCUCUAUGAAGAAAGAGGGGGGAUCAUCGACAUCACCGCCUGGGACAAGGACGCUGGGAAAAGGGAUGAUUUUAUUGGAAGGUGCCAGGUUGACCUGUCGUCCCUCAGUAGGGAACAAACGCACAAGCUGGAGUUGCAGCUGGAAGAGGGCGAGGGCCACCUGGUUCUGCUUGUCACUCUGACAGCCUCGGCCGCAGUUGGUAUCUCCGACCUCUCUGUCCAUUCCCUGGAGGACCAGAAGGAGCGGGGGGAGAUAUUAAAGAGAUAUAGCCCACUGAGGAUAUUUAACAACCUAAAAGAUGUGGGAUUUCUCCAGGUGAGAGUCAUCAGGGCUGAAGGUUUGAUGGCUGCUGACGUCACAGGCAAAAGUGAUCCAUUUUGUGUAGUAGAACUGAACAACGAUAGACUGCUAACCCACACUGUCUACAAAAACCUCAAUCCUGAGUGGAACAAAGUGUUCACAUUCAACAUUAAAGACAUCCAUUCAGUCCUGGAAGUGACAGUUUAUGACGAAGACCGUGACCGGAGUGCCGACUUUCUGGGCAGAGUUGCUAUACCAUUGCUGUCUAUUCAAAAUGGUGAACAGAAAGCCUACGUCCUGAAAAACAAGCAGCUGACAGGGCCAACAAAGGGGGUCAUCUAUCUUGAAAUAGAUGUGAUUUUUAAUGCUGUGAAAGCCAGCUUACGAACAUUAAUACCCAAAGAGCAGAAGUACAUUGAAGAGGAAAACAGGCUCUCCAAACAGCUGCUCCUGAGGAACUUCAUCAGAACCAAGCGUUGUGUCAUGGUGCUGGUUAACGCUGCGUACUACGUUACCAGUUGCUUUGAGUGGGAUUCACCCCCAAGGAGUCUCGCUGCUUUUGUGCUCUUCCUCUUUGUUGUCUGGAACUUUGAGCUCUACAUGAUACCACUGUUGUUAUUGUUACUCCUGACCUGGAACUACUUCCUCAUAAUAUCAGGAAAAGACACCAGACAACGAGAUACAGUGGUGGAGGCCAUGCUAGAGGACGAGGAGGAAGACGAUGACAAAGAUGACAAGGAUGGUGAAAAAAAAGGAUUUAUAAAUAAAAUCUAUGCCAUCCAAGAAGUCUGCAUCAGUGUCCAGAACAUCCUAGAUGAAGUGGCUUCCUUUGGAGAAAGGAUAAAGAAUACUUUCAACUGGACUGUCCCAUUCUUAAGCUGGCUGGCCAUUGCAGCCCUCUGUGUGUUCACAGUUAUUCUGUACUUCAUCCCACUGAGAUACAUCGUUCUUGUCUGGGGAAUUAAUAAAUUUACAAAAAAGCUUCGGAGUCCAUAUGCAAUUGAUAACAAUGAACUACUUGACUUCCUUUCCAGAGUCCCUUCAGAUGUACAAGUGGUGCAGUACCAAGAACUGAAAGCGGACCAUUCUCCUAGCCCAUAUAAAAGGAAAAAAAACAACCCUGGCUAGCCUGCCCCGGCACUGAGGAGGCCAGCGUGUGGAAGAUAAAAGAGAACCCUUCAGCCUCGGCAGCAUUUCCUUUCUUUCUGCUUUUUAUUUAUGUUCUCUUUGUACCAUGAGAAAAUUUGUAAAUAGUGUAAAAAGGCAUAUGUCUUUGAAAAUAUACUUCCAUUGUACAGACUCAACUUGAUAAAGGAUUUUAGCUAGUGGAGUGUGAAAGCGUUGUUAGUUAUAGAUAAUAUAACCAACUGAAAGAGUAAAAAAUAACGGUUAUAAAACUGGAAGAAACACAUCUCUCGAAUUAUAAGUGAAAGAACCAGAGUAUCGGAUUAAAUGCUCAAUUGUACUCUGGUUAACCCUACAUAAAAUAUGAACCCUGAUUUGAUCUUUAGGUCUGUUGUAAUGUGACUAUUUCUUACGUAAAAAGUAAUUCACUUUUUUUUGUUUAUACAAAGUGGGGAGGGGCGGCCCAAAGCUCGAAUAAUGGGGUGUUGCAUUUCAAUUUAGCAUAUGUCCUGACUUUCACUCCUGUGUAAGUAAGUCCCUUCUGUAUGUCUAGGGCUGAUUUUAAGUUCAGGAGUACAGGCACAUUCAUAUCUUUGCUGUCUCCUCACACAUAAUCCCUUAGGAGAAUCGGAGAGUUUAUGAAUAAAACUUGUAAGCCUUCUAUCAUUCCAUCUAAAACCUUAAAGUCUCUCCAGAACUAUAUUAAAUAAAUACUGCCAGGUUUAUAAAUGAUUAUCAGGAUUUUUAUAUAUAUUUAUCACUAUUUAAUUUAUACUGUUAGCAAAUUAGCAAGCCAGUUCAGUUGUCAAAAAUACUAGCAAACUAAAUCCAUACUGCAUUUGGUGUUAAAUUAUGCCCUUGCACAUCUUAAUAAAAAAAAAUUAAGUAUCCUUAGAGGGAAAACCAACAACAAAACAGUAUCUGCUUUCUCAUUAGACUAGUAACAUGCUUUAAUAUAAUCCAUACUAUGAACUUUAUUGAGUUUUAAUGCAGAGAAUGCAGUGGGCUAAGCAAAGGCCAGGGUUUCAUUACAUCAUUAAAGAAGAUCACCGAGAAUGCAUGAAAACCUGUUUUGUAAAGUAAACUUUUAAAGUGGUCACCAUGAAAAAUGUUUGCUAGCCACACUAUCUUAAACAGUUCAUUCCUAAAGCUAACUCCAGGGUCUAUCAAGGGAACAUACCUCAGCAGAGAUAACCUGGUCAGUGAGAAUGUCCUCACUGACUUGUUACAGGAAUCAAACUCAGUGGAAAUUGCUGCAGACAAUGUUUUGCACUACUUUAUUAAUUGCUAUUAAUAAAUAACGGGUGGGAUGAAGGUGGGGGGUUGUGUUGGAGAAUGUAGAAAAGCAGAGCUAUAUAUUUCACGUUAAAGAAUUCUUUAAAUCUCAUCCAAGCUGAUUUUUAAAGUAUUUUUAUUUUAGAAAUAUGUUGUUAAAUACUAUUUCUUACAAUAGAACUAUUUUGAUGUUUAUACACUAUGCUUAGAAAUUCCCUUUCUACAGAAAGGCUCUGACCUCACCUCAACAUGCUCUAUUUAGUUUAUCAUGUUUAAAAUGACAUGCUUACUUCUGCAUUCCUCACUGUUUGUGGCAAAAACAUACUUUAUGAAGCUGACCUACUAUAAACCUUAUUGAUGAGACCAUUUGUUUGGUAUAAGUUCUGAUUAUACCUGGGUGAGAUUUAAGUUCUGUGCUGACAGCCUCUACUCAGAUGCCUAUAAGCCUGACAUUCUAUAAUCUCAAAUGCACCUAGUGGAUGUAACCAUUAACAGAUGACAAGGUUUUGUUUCACUGUGUAAGAUUUCUGAUGUUUAGUUCAAUUGUAAUGUUGACUACAUACUCACUAUAUUAAAUACAAAAGAAAAGAAUCA